AUGGGCAUUCUUCGCUCGUUUGUCGCCACACCCCUCGCCAUGUCGUUAGUACUUGUGCUAAUAGUGCAGUUAUUAUCCGUUAGGGUCGCUACCGGUUACACUCACACUUCUUUCCACCGCCACCAUCGCGACGGCGGCCGAGUCGGCUUCAACCGAAUAACGGAAGCCCGCGCCGCGGGUGACGUGGAGGACACGUGGGACGUCCUCGCCGGAACGCCGCUGCCACCAGGAAUUGGUCGGCUCCACAGAGAAGCGAGAGAGGAUGCGGGGGAGGAGGGGGAAGAUGAGGUGGGAGAGGAGUGGGAAACGGGGGGGGAAGAGGAAGGGGAAGACGACGGGGGCGUGGAGGGGGAAGAGGAGGGGAAACAAGGGACGGUUAUUUCUCACGCCCUGGAGAAAAAGAUUUUUGCGAGGGGGCAGUUGAGUGAGGAUAGUGGGAGAGGGAGGGAGUGGGGCGGCUACAAUCGCGUACACCGACAGGUUGGAAGGUGGCACGCCGGCAAGCCACGGAGCGGAGACUUCAUCAAAGUUGGUGGGAGCGAGAACACUAUAGACGGAGUGAAGGUGAUAGGAGGAGUGUGUUAUGACAACUGGGAUGGGCUCAAAGUCAACAAUGGAAAAUUCAACCGUCUGAAGCAUGUGUUGGUGGUGAAUGCACUCAAGGCCCCUGGCUGGUAUGGCACGGCUCAACUGCGCUCUGCAGUAACUCAAGAGUCAAUGAGAUAA